GAUGGACGCCUACAUAGACUGUUGAUAAUGAUUAAGCGAGCGCUGUGAUUAUGUUUGGCAUCGGAAAGCCGCAGUUGAAUUGAAGAUUAGGAGCACGAUAGAGUGCAAAACAUCAUUUCAGUGAUUUUAGUUAUAUUCUUGUUUACUUUAUUUAGUGCAAGGCUUGCGAGUUGUUUAUUCUACGAAAUACAUUUCCUGUACCAUGUUUGUCAGAUAUCAUAUUAUAUUGGUGUUCGCAGUUCUUGCUGUGGUAGCAGCUUCCGACGACAAGCAGGAGACAACGACGCCGCCCGAGACGACGACAACGACGGACGAGCCUGAUUCUCGCUGUAAUUGCGAUGAUCACUGCCCGACGAGCAAAGUAAUUGGCUUUGACAAGAGCGAGAAGACUACGGCUCAAGUGUUUGACGAGGACGAGGAUGGCGAGCUUAUUAUUUGCGCCAGGAGUCGCGACUCGGACGAUCGCACCUUCCCAACUAUCUGUCACAUGAUGUGCUUCAACGGAUGCACCAAGUUCCGAGUGUACAAAACGAUGCACGAUAAUAAAGAGGUCUCCCACGUUGCCGCCUACAGAGAAAAUUUCUACAAAUUACACGACGGCGCGUGCUAAAGCGUACACAAUCUACAGGCCCAAUAAAAGUAAAUGAGAGGAAAAGAAGACAAUCUCGGUGGAAGUAACGUCAAAAUAAAAGAAAGCUUUCCCAUCACGUUCCUACACACAGACUCGAUGUUAAAUGAGCCUUUAGCAAUUAUUCGCUGGCCUGUACUCCUCUCCCUCUGCCAACCCUCCUCCGCUCACGAUCUUUCUCUCUCACUCUCGUGACACGAGCCACUUUCAUCGGCUAGGCAUAGGCUGUUUGCCACCCGGAGCUGUACUGCUGCUACUCUCUCGCUCACGCUCCAUCCCUCUCCCUCCUCUCUCGAAUUCGCUGUCGCAGCAAUUCUCAUUUAACAGCGCGGGCGCGAAUUGCUCGGCGACCACGCGCUCGCUCACUCCUGAAUAAAUAGGCAAUUAAGAUGGCAGGACGCACACGCCCGUGCGAUAGCGGCGGGGGGGGGGGGGGAGAAAUACACUCGGCGCGCCGCCACCGCGCGGGGAAGGUAUAUCGUGUGAGGCGCAAAUAACCUUCUCCCAAUUAGGCGAUAUAGGGAAAUACGCGAGAGGCGCACGACAAGUCUAGAUAGCCCGAGAGAAUGUCGGCGUUUGUCGCGUCGUCGCCCGCCGCGCGAUAGGAGAGUAGCAGCUCGCCACGUGAAGCUUGCCAAGAAUUAGAGACCCAGGAAGUCCAGGAACUGCCGGGGGAGAAUAUCGCAGACCCACGGGGUGUCUCGAAACGGAAGGGGAAAGAGUGCACACUGGAGUUUGAUUCCACUGUCUGCAGGAAGUCAGCCGGAAAAUUGUGCCUUCGAGUCUCUAUUGUGUAGCUUAUUUCGUUAAAAUUUAUAUUUGAAAAUAUACGAAUGACUUUAUAAGCAUGAAA